GUCCGCCGUUGCAUGCCGCUGUGUGAUUGUUGGGUGGUUAUUGAGAAUUAGGAUAAUUUGCUUGGAAUUGUUGGAAGGUGACCUGGCAUAAGUGAUUCAUCAUGAUUGGGCGCAUAGUUCUUCCUAAAACGACAACAAUGUCGUUAAAUGACAGGUUCUCGCACUUUCGUCAGCUGCGGGAGCAGCGCCAGGCGGCGGCGGCGGCGGCGGGUGUGGGCGCGGCGGCGCCGGUGGUGCGGCCGCGCCUGCCGGCGGCCACCGCCAGUAGCGCUGCCAACCAGCGGCUGGCGGUUCAGAUGGAGAGCCGGCCGUCCGUGCUGGCCGCCCUGCGCGCCAACGGCACCGCGAAGCCGACUCCGUCGGCGAUGGCGAUGUCGGCAGCGGCCGCGGCCGUGACGCCCCGUACGCGCCAGUCCAUCAAACAGCGCCUCUCGGUGAAGGCGCGCCUGGGCGUGGUGCGCAGUCCGGCCGCCAGGGGCGCCACCGGCGGCGGUCGCAGCAUUCUGACCCGACUGGGCCGCGUCCGGCCGGCUGUGAAACGGCUCCAGCCGACCCGAGGCCGCGUGCAGCCGUGGGGUCGCGGCGCGGUGCGCGGCCGUGCCCGCAGCUGGUCGGCCGGUGUCGGCGGCUCCGGCGGGUUCCGGGGACGGGGCCGCGGCAGGGGCAGGGGGCGCGGACGGGGCCGCGGCAGCGGCGCGCCGCGGAUGACCCGCGAGGAGCUCGACCGCCAGCUGGAUGACUACAUGGCCAGUACCAAGAGCCAGCUGGACGCCGAGCUGGACGCGUAUAUGAAGGAGUCGGUCAUCUGA